AUGAAGGCCAGCACUUUGGUGACUCUUCUCGGUCUCUCUGGCUCCAGCCUUGCUGCUGCCCUGCCCGGCUUCCAUCCUCCCUUUGGCUACAAAUCCGGCUCUCCCGAGUCCAUUGCCAACUUGAAGAACAAGAUCGAGAAUGUCGUCUGGAUUCUGCUGGAGAACCGCGCCUACGACAACAUCCUCGGUGGUGUCCACCGUCCCGGUCUCGACAACGUCGUCAACAAGGGACCCUUCACCAACCCUGCCGACGUGACCAACCCUGACGGCAGCAAGUACUCCAGCUUCUACAAGGACUUCGACUCCGUCCUGCACGACCCUGACCACUCGGUCACCGGCAACAACUUCGAGUUCUACGGCACCUUCCACCCGGACCAGGAAGCCAUUGCCAAUGGCACUCUGAAGCCCAACCUCUCCGGCUUCGUUAACCGCCAGAUCGCCAGGUAUCCCAGUUCCGACCCCGAGACGUCUGCCCGCGAGGUCAUCGGAUAUUACUCCGAGGAUGAGAUCCCGACUCUCGUCAACCUGGUCGACGAGUUCACCACCUUCAACUACUGGCACUCUUGUGUCCCGGGUCCCACCAACCCGAACCGUCUUUGCGCGGUCGCUGGCACAGCCGCAGGCCACGGCGAAAAUGACGACGACUUCGACAACGGCACGAUCAAUGUCACGAGCAUCUUCGAAGUCGCCAGCGACAAGGGCAUCUCCUGGCGCAACUACGACGGCACCAACGGCGCCUUCCUGUCUGACGCCCUCUUCUUCGACUGGACCCAGAAGAACGCCAAGAAGAACGUCGUCCCCCUCGAGAACUUCUACCAGGACGCCUACCUCGGUGUCCUGCCUCAGCUCUCCUACAUCAACCCUUCCUGCUGCGGCCUGAACACCAACUCCAUGCAUCCCUCUGGUAACGUCUCGUACGGCCAGGUCCUCGUCAAGCAGAUCUACGACGCCCUCCGCUCCAGUCCCCAGUGGGAUAAGACCCUCCUCCUGCUCACCUUCGACGAGACCGGUGGUUUCUUCGACCAUGUCGCUCCCCCGCUCGCCGUUCGUCCGGAUAACCUUACCUACACCGAGAAGGCGCCGGAUGGCAAGGAGUACACGCUUCAGUAUGAUCGUCUCGGUGGCCGUAUGCCUACUUGGCUUAUCUCUCCCUAUACCCCCGCUGGUUACAUUGAGAAUGAGGGUACCGAUCCCGCUACCGGUGAAGCUUCCUAUUACAGUGCUACCUCCGUCCUGAAGACACUGGGUUACCUCUGGGAUCUCGAGGAUCUUUCUCCUCGUGUCUCUCACUCGCCUGCCUUUGACCACCUUAUCGGUCCUGUUGCCCGCUGGGAUGCUCCUAUUAUCCUUGCUAACCCUCAUCCUUUCCCGGAACUCUAA